AUGGAAGAACUUGAAAGUAAAAUCGGAAUUACAGACUUACCAGAUGAGAUUAUAACAAUUAUCUUGAGCAAUAGCUCUUAUAAGGAUGUGAUUUCAUUUGGUAUGACAUCUAAACAUUUUUAUAGCAUUGUAUUUGAUGACCAAUAUCUUUGGAAGAGCAAAUGUUCAGAAAUACUCCCAAAUCUGAUUCUUAACACAGUUCAAAACCAUUGUGAUGGGGAAUGGUUGAAUGAACUUCGGAAGUUUGUAGUAUUAAAGAGAAAUGUGAUACUGCAACUGCUUGCUAUGUCUCCAAAUUUCUAUUGGAAAAUGAAUCAGUUAUCAUUGGAGGAUUGUAAAGAAUUCUUUACACUUGCAACAGAACAUGAAUUAAGCUAUUAUUAUACAAUACACAUAUUGCAGCAAAUACUUCAACAGGCCAAUAAAAACCUUGACAAUCAUGUAUGUGAAAAACCUUACACAUUAACAGAGAUUUACUAUGUAAAAGUUCUGCUACGUUACUUAGUACACUUGUAUCUCUGUAUCAAAUGGGUUAAAUUAUAUACAAGCCAAGUACUCCUACCAGAAGUUGUAAUGAAUUUUUGUCUUCAAUGGAUUGAUCCAACAACUACACAUACAGAUGAGAGUACUCGAAUUGUUUUGGAUGAUGUUGUCGAAAACAUUAAAGAUGUUAUAAGACAAGCUCGAGCUAAAAAGCCGCCGCCACCAGGCAGGAAGAAAGUAACCGAUCGGGAGGUAUUGUCUGCAAUGACACAAGUUAUAUACCGCCAGAGGCACAUUACUAUUACUCCAGCAGCUGAUCAUGACACUUUAAAUAUUGUAAAGGUCUUGAAAAAUAAAUGUGGCCAUGCCAUUGCAUUGGCCGUCAUUUACCAGGCUGUAGCAAGGAAGUGUGGUGUAAAAAUAGAGUUAAUUACAUUUCAAGAUCAUUUAUUUUUAGAAUGGAUAGAUGAUUCCGAUCCCCAAAAUGUUAUUUAUACAAUUAAUUUGGAAACUGGAGAGUUGAAACCGAAACGGCGAUGCCCAUUUUCGCGAACCAAUCAACAUUUUAACUACUCAUAUUGUCCUGAUUCUUUGCUACAGUACAUCUAUUCUUCAUACUUUGUGACAAUGGGAGCCAUUCGAAAUUGGCACACCCAGAAUGCACUGCAUUUAAUAAACUUUAUGAGUACUAACAAUAACUGUCAUAAUCCAUACAACAAUUUCUUCCCUUACUUGAUGGAAAUUCCUGCCCUACAAGCUCCUAAUCAAGAACUAGAUUUAUACUUUUUAUCAAAUUUCUACCGUGAAAUUCUAUUAGUGUUAUCUACAUUAAAUAAACCAACGGCAUCUGUGUAUAAUAAUCUUCAAGUCAAGAGGCAUGACAAAAAUGUGUUAUUUGCUGUGGGAAUGAUUUGUUAUCAUAAAAAAUAUGAAUAUAUUUGCAUUAUUCGUGGAUGGGAUAUAAGCGGUGACAAUGUCGCCCGAAUGCCAGCUCAUAAUUUAGUAUACGGCCUCAUGCAGCCGUUUUAUCGCGUUACUGCAGCCGAUCAAUCGGAAAGAUAUGUUGCACAAGAAAACCUUGUUGAACUGAGACAUCCCACGCGUUUAUACCACUUGGAAGACUUGAUAUCAAAGGAGUUUACGCAUUUUGACGGCUUUGCAUAUAUUUUGAAUGACGAAAAGAAAAUAGAGUAUCCCGAUGAAAAUCCUAUCGUUGAGAGUAUUGAUCAUAUAAUAGCUAUAUUACAGUUUUACUUAGAAUGCUAA